AUGGCUAAGUCUGAGCCCGAGCCAAUUGCUAUUGAUGGUCCGUUGAGGGAAUAUCGCCGAAAGGCCACUUUUGACUGGUAUAAGCUGAAAGUAUUCCUGGAAGGUGAAGAGAGCGUUCAUUUCAAGGAGCGAAUCUACAAAAUCCUUGAGAAGGACGUUUUAUUUGAACGUAAUUGGCGAUCACUUACCGUAGACGAGAGUCGCGAGCUGAAUUUCAAAAGAUGGAAAAAAAUUAUGGAAUAUGCAUUCAUUGAUGAGAAUGAAUCAAUUGAGUCGUUACUUAACAGCGUAAUUCAUCGAAUUUACCACAUUAAUUUCAAAAUAUUUUCACAUUCUGCGAAAUAUUCAAACUUUUCUAUGGAAUAUCACAUAAAAAGCGAUGCUCUUUAG